CCCUACGACUGCGCCGCGCGCGCAUCCCUGCCUACUCGAUCGUGGACCUCGUAGAUCGUCGCUCGGCUCUCGUCUCGAGAGCGUCGACGAGUGUGCAUCGAUCGUGCGAUCCGCGAGGAUUUCUCUCGGCCAGUGAAAAAGUGUGUUAACGAUUCGCACCCAACAGUGAUCCCAAAAGUGUUCUCCAUCGUUGCCACCCUCGUGGAUCCAGAAGAGGAUCCAACCUUGGCGAUCAUUUUCAGUCAUCUCUGAUCGUUUCUGAGAAGCACAUAGGUCGCAUCGUCUACGAGUGCGUAAAAUGCACAGAUCUUGACGUCCUGCAACGUCCACCAGCGAUCGAUCUCUUCUUCAUCGAGCCACAAGAAUUCAAGACUGGGAUGUUAACUCGGGUUUAAAACCUCGAGAUCUCCCCGAUCGUGGGCCACGAUCCAGCGCCGACCAGAAAAUACCAGGGGGCGAUCCAGAGUGCCGAACAGAGACGGAUAGAGAGAGUGGGUGAUGCGCUGAAGCAUCGAUCACGGACGAGCGCGUUGGGGAAUGAGCGAGUUCAAUUAAAGCGUUCCAGAAGCGCGACAGAGACCAAAGGAACUGGGGGAGACCGCCGCGUGACUCGCUUGGAAAAUAUCAGUCGAGGAGGACGUUGGCUCGCGAUGUUGCUUCUUAUCAGCGUCGUUCACCAGCCGCGCUAAGCUCGUGGAACUUAUGUCUCCCCUCGAGAUCGUUUCCAUCGGUGGUCUUCUUCUGUAUAUCCCUGGAACCUGGAUCUCCAGCGUUCCGGAAUCCUAAACGCAACAUUCUACACGUAAGAUCGCUUAGCCUCAACCCAGAAGCAUUCUCAAGCAACCUGGUGUCCAUCUUAGGAAUCUAUCCUACCGUUCCAGAGUCCUAAAUACUCAGGAUCGCUCGGUCUCAGCUUUCCCGAGUAGGUGGACUUCUCCGUUAGGGUGAAAAAUUGGGUCAAAGUCUCGCGCAAGGUCGAAGAUUCCCGCCCCGUGUAUGCGAUCGGGAUCAACGUCGAUGCCAGCCGUGGGGAACUGAUCGAUCGUCUCGUGGACUUUGGAACCGUUCCAGAAGACAUCCAUCGCGAACGAUGAAGUGGUGCUUAGUGGUGCUGAUUCUGGCCGGUGUCUCGCGGGCCGACAACACCGUCAACACCUCGGAAUACUCGAUUUUCACGUGUCCCAAGCUGAACUCCCAGGACGAGAUCGAUCUCGACAAGAUAAUGGGCAAGUGGUACGUGGUGGAAGUGUUGGAGCACAAAGUCGACCCCCUGAAGCCGGUAAGCGGAUCGUACGUCAUCGAUUCCUGUCCGAUUGUUAAACUGCGGGCACACGAGUACUCGUCACUGAGGCUUUUGUGGACCGAGGAGGCUGGAAAUCUCGAGUACACUUUCCGGAUACCGGACAUCUCCAGGAAGCCGGGCGUCUGGAUCUCCAACUCUCAGCAAAACGGUACGCUGGCGAGCGCGGGCGACCGACAGUACAACCAGUUCUCGGGAACGGUGCACGUGAUGAAGGCCGUUGCCUCGGACAUGGUGUUGACCUUCUGCUCAGGGCGACCCGACAACCAGCUGUAUUCCCUGCUCCUGGCGAGGGAGCACAUCCUGCAAAAGAGCGACAAGCGAGGAGUCCACAAUCUGCUGGGUCGUCGCGGUCUGAACAUCGCGAGCAUCCGCGAGACCUGCAUGAACCACGCUCCCUGGAGAAGAGGCUCCUUCGAGGUGAUCGGUUGGGUGACGCUGAUGGGCGUCCUGUCCUCCAGCGUUCUCCUAGGCUCCUGGUAGUGGGUAGUUGUCUAACAUGAGAAGUAAUAAAAAAUCACGACAAGGGGUUGGAAGGGAGAGAAAUCGUUAGAGGAUCGUCAGGCGAUUUUAACAGGAGAGUCGGAACGAUGGUUUCUGAAAUGCUUGAAUCAGUCCUGAAAGAUUGAUGAACCUCCCUUCGAGAAUUUAUCGUGUUUUCUGUUAGAGUAAGCUGGCCGUGAGCAGUGUUUCUGAGAAGAAUUAUUGCAAUACGUGUACGUAGUGAUUUCAAUGCUGGGUCUAGGAUUCUAAUCGAAAGAGGGGGACUAAGGAGCGACUGCAGCGUCGGUUGUCGAGUUUUAAUUUCUCUUCGAGCCAAGAUCAAUUUGGAGUCGACACUUUCGACCGUCGUGAAACUGCCCAUGGCGAGGAAUCUUGCUGGUAUCGGAGAUGGGAUUUGUAGUAGGAGAACGCUAUGACUGCGGACCUUAGCCUUGGGCGAACUAUAAUCCGUCACUGUGAUCCCUGACUGAUCAAUAGGCUCUCGAAGCUUACGUAUUAUUGAUUCGUGGUUACACAUUGCGGAUACGGUGAUGUGGUUACUGACUAGGAUGAUUACUGUAUCUCUUAGGUGUUGAAUCAAUCGAAUAACAAUAAAAUUCAGUUCCUGUUAAAAUACUUUUCUGCUAUUCUAUCCUCAACGUUAUCCGAAUAAAAAUAGUAACUUAGAUUACACGUCAGAGUCUAAUAAGAGAUACAGAGAGUAUAUCAGUGUCUCGUUUCAUUUUUUCAAAUUCGACUAAAAGUAGAAAGUGUACAAAUAGAGCAUGUGAUUAGUUCGCCCUCGGGGAGGCUCGAUUGUGAGCGAUUAUUAGAAAAGUUAUCGCAGUCUAACUCCGGUUCAUGCAGCAUCUGUCGAGAGACGAGGGUCGUUUAACGACCCAGUCGAUAUCAGUGCCCUGGGGUCCUCUUUUGAUCGCGGAAGAAUGGCCUUAAUUGCCGACGCAGCUAACGAUCUCGGGUUUCGUGUCCGUUGCACAAACCUGGCCGAGUCUCGUGCCGCAAUCGUAAUAAGAAUCUCGUCGAAAAAUGCGAACGGAUCGCGGAAAUACGUCGCGACGUCUGUCGGUGUUCUUCGUUGGGAAUCUGUUGCUCUAGUGCUCUCGUUGCUCUCAUCGUGGACUUCCUGUUCUUCAAGAUAGUUUUAUCCCAGCGGCGACUAAUCCCAUCAGAAACUGUACAGGCCUCAGAGUUACGCCAUCUUGGAUCCCUAGACCUGAGGUCGACGAAACUUUGAUCUACAUAAGAAUUUCCAGCGUCGAAUGAAAGCUCACAAAAUCGCGUGUGUGUGUUUCGUUGUAUCUUUAUUUAAUGAACAAAAGUUCUUGAAGAGAGACUCUUGUGUUAUUAAACGUUUCAAGCAAUUUCCAUUGUUUUUAUAUUCCUAUCAGACAAGUAUUUAUAAUACACUUUACGUUAAAGUUUCACAGAGGAAAUGAAAACAUUUCAAUCUCCGAAAUUAAUCCCCUAGAGUAAAUUUCGUUCCAAAAACCAAGAUUUUUAAAUAAAUUGGUUGCAACGUUUGGCAAUGAAAUACUCGGAUGGAUAUUAUGAUAAUUGUAUCAGCACAGGGAUGGUUGCUAUUGUACUGUAGGUAAGAAGAGGGAAUUUCGGAGCGCGAUGGCUGGAUUUGAAUGAGGCACGAGGGUGAAUUACGUCUGGAAAUAUCCACGACGUCAGAUAACGCUGGGCUGAAAGAGUUAAUCGUGCCACACGGAGAACCGACUCUUCCAGCAAAGAUAAUAUAAUCCUUAGUCCCGAAGGAAACGAGCUUUCUCGUGAACAUUAGUCGCGUUAGAUGAAAAUACGUGUCGUAUGUGGAUCAUGGGUUUAAAAAGACAAUAUCAGUUUCAUGAUGAUUGCGUCGAUCCCGCUGAAGAUUGGCUCGAUUGGACAUUAUAAGAUUCAUCCAAGGUGAAUAUACCAGUACUUUAACCCUUUAACGCCGAGUUCUUUUUUUUUCAGGUAGAAAAAAGAAUUUUCUUCGUAAAAUUAUUACAACAUUUUUGACAAAUUACACGCGCGUUUAUCAAAUUUGGAAGAUAUAAGUGACGCGCCUUCUGGUAUCAAACAAUAGAAUCGUAAUGGUAUAGUAUCAAAGGUCAUUCUAUCGUGCUAAAUGAAAUGGGCAAUUUGAUGUUAUCGUAUUUAUUUAAUUAGGUAGAGAACGAUAAAACGGAAAUGGAAAGUAAAUAUGAUUCAAUUGUAGUAACUGAAAUUUGUAAAAUAAAGAACUUGGGAUUAUUUAAUAUUUUGUUAAAUAUUUUACAAAUAUUACUGGUACGGUCACCUUAAUAAUUCAUUAAACGAUAAAGAAACUGGUGAUUCCGCUGUAACAUUCCUUUGGCGUGCAAUUUGAAAAUGAAACAAGAUAGAAUCUCAUUGUAAGACGAUCGACGCUCUGUGUUCAAGCACGAACGUGCUUUAUAAUACUUGAAAAUCCAUAGAGGUUACGGGAGAAGAAUCUGCAGUGGUUGGAUCAAAUAAUCUGUACACUACCUACUUCAAAUUAUGAAAUAAUACAGUGUCUCGUAACCGGUGGUACAAGGGGAUAAGGGGUGAUCCUAAAAAUAGUUGGAAAAAUUAUUUUCGGGAGCAUGGAAUAGCAUCCGAAAAUUAUUUAAAUGUUGUCCCAAAUUAUUUCGAGAAGGAUGAGAACUUACGUAAAGUCCCACAUUGAUAUAAUACGUCUCACAGAUGUACAGGUUACUUUGUCCAACUCGGGUAGCAUUCGUGUUCGGUAGAAAUGAAAUUUCUUCCCGAAUGAAGCGUUCGACGACGAAGUUAUUCGAAACGCGCAACGAUUAUAUCACGAUUUAUCCUGUACGUCUUUCUGCUGUCUCGAGCUCGUUUAGGAUAGAGGAAUUUCGACUUUACAAAUAAGCUACGAUUAGCGAGAAUUCCACUUCGAAAAAAUUCUCCACGUGGGUUGAGAAGGAGGAAUGAACGGAGAGCUGGAGGAGGGGAGGGGUAGGGAGGGGAAGGAACAGCGUUGUACGAUUGUAAAAUAGUUUAAAUUAUCGUUAGAUGUUACUCGCGUCGCGACUUGGUUCGACAUCGCUCGACGCGACCUAAGGUUUCUUGAUUGAAUCGAAGUAGCCGUGUCGCUGACUCAAAAGAUAAAAGAAAAAUAAUAAUAAAGGAACAUAAGAAAAAAUCGCACUCGCUUCCCCAUCGAACAUAUUCACUCGCUGAACGUAUCCUUUUCUACUUACCGAGAUUCGUUGAGGCGAUCUUUUUAUAAGAAACCCUGAAUUCUGCCAGUCUUGCGUCUUCUUGUGACCGAUUUUUAUACGAGCCACGUAUCCAACGUGCAUAAAGAAAAAAAAAAAAAAUUGUAUUGUGAAGGUUUCCACGCUUCGCUCUUUUUCGAUACUAUUGAAUUUGAAUACGGGUUAGCACGCUACCUGUGGGCGUUAUCAUUUAAUCAAAACCAACCGACUGAUAGACAACUAGCCAAUGCAGUUUGAAGAGGGCACGAUCGGUUCACGCACGAAUAAAUUCGACAUAAAAGCGUCACGGCGACCGCGGAACGAAAUUGUUGUACGGAAACAACGGGACGUAGUGCUACGUGAUUUUCGAUUCCAGUGUAAUGAAAUCGUUUCGUACGUAGCCAGUCGAAAUUGGCUGCUUUUUCAAUGGUGAAAAUAACAGAAAUACGUGGUUCUUAAUUCAACUUCGAAUUAAAUUAUUUUAUUUAUAUUUGUUUAUGAAUACAGUGAUUGGUGAAACGUAAUACUAUGUACUUUUCAAUUUAAUUUUAAUUUAGAGAACGUAAUCGGUGACGUAUUAUACUAAAACUGCCUUGCGUAGAAGAAUAUUUUAAUUUAAUUACAUUUGUCGGGCCCUAAAUAACUUCAAGCAUGCGAAGAAUAUAUUUUUAAGCCUUCUCCAAAAAUCGGCUAAAUUAAAAAAGAAUUUACGUUAUUAACUAAUUUAAAUGCGCGACUUUCGAAUGGAAAAUAAUUAACGACAGAUGAAUCGAGAGAACGUAGCGCAACGUGAUCAGGAUUAUGCGACGUAAUCGAGCUGCAUGGCUCACAGGUGGCGUGUUAACGUUUUUUUAAUCGCGCGUUACGUAUUUCCUGGAUAUAUUUAUGAAUGUAAACGAAUGCGUUCGGGUGUAGUGCGAGUACGUUUAAAAUAUAAUUGAAAUGCCGCAGCUUCUCGCGUCCGACGUGAUUGUCCCCGCAAAAAAAAAUGAAAAAAAAAAAUGGCGCCGUUACGAUUCGUUUGAAGAAACAAAAAAAAAAGUUUUAAGGUAAAAAAACUCGUGUCCUGUAUAUAUAUCCUCGAAUCGAAUUCGGCAGCUGUCGACGAGUAUUUGGAAAUGAUGAUAUACGUAUGGGGAACUCGUUAAAUUAUUGUACACUCGACGGCAAUCGCAAGAGAGUACGCCAUGUUAUGUUUAAAAUUCUCUAGAGUCUUUAUUUAUUGUACAGAAUGCUCGAUAUAUAUAUAAAUAAAUAUAUAUAUAUAUAUAUAUAAUAUGUUCUAGUACAUAAUACGAUGUAAUCGUAUGCUUAUUAUGUGUAUAAAUAUGAAACAAUAAAGAAUGAAUUCGACGGUU